AUGACCGAAAUGGACCAGCCCCCCAAGACAAGCGAUCAGAUCGACGUGACCACAGACACAGACAAGAAAGCCCAAUUACAAGAUCUGAUCACACGCGCAGCUGCCAAAGAUGCGGCCAAAGACCACAAUGCCGCUUCGGAGCUUUAUUCCCAGGCCACCGAGCUCCAGGCCGAAUUGAACGGCGAAAUGUCGCCCGACAACGCCGACUUGCUCUAUGCGUACGGAAAAUCUCUGUAUAACGUCGCGGUGAGCAAGAGUGACGUUUUGGGCACCAAGGUGGCUGGCGAGCAGCCUCAGUCGUCGGGUGCUGUUCCGGCGGCCAAGUCAUCCUCGGCUGCUGGGUCGGGGUCUGCGACGGGUGGAAGCUUGGUCAAGGAUGCGAUCUCGAGCUCGAUGGGCCAGACCGCAUCCACUUCAAAGAAGAGUGCGGGCGUCGAAUUGGACAGUGCGCCAUCAAAGCCGUUCUUCCAGUUCACCGGCGACGAGAACUUUGUCGACUCGGACGAGGAAGAUGACGAGGGUGGUGACGGGGAGAAUGGCGAUGGGCCGGAUGGUCAAGAGGAAGAAGAAGAGGAAGAUGACUUUGCAAACGCGUUCGAGGUACUCGACCUGGCUCGGGUGCUGUAUCUGAAGCGAUUGGAAGCUGCAGAGGAAGCCAGCGCAGACAAAGGGAAAGGGAAAUCGGGCGCAGCCACCACAGCAACAGACGCCCAGCUCCCCGCCGAUCUGAAACACAUCAAAGAACGUCUCGCCGAUACAUAUGACCUGCAAGCGGAGAUUUCACUCGAAGGCGAACGGUUCUCCGAUGCAGUAACCGAUUUGCGCACCGCGCUUGACCUCCGAAAUACGCUGUUCCCGUUCGAGGAUCCGUCGGUGGCAGAGUGUCAUUACAAGCUUUCUCUUGCGCUGGAAUUCGCCUCGGUACAGCAGCACGGAGAAGGUGAUGAGGAUGUCGAUGAGGACAGGGAGGGUCAAGAAAAGACCGUGGACCAGGAGAUGCGCAACGAGGCUGCCACUCAGAUGGAACGAGCGAUUGAAAGCUGCAAGGCGCGCAUGGCUUCGGAGCAGAAGAAGCUGGAGACGGAGGAUCUGGAUGAGGAUAAGAAGAUUGCCACGCAGAGGAGAAUCUCUAAUAGCAAAGAGAUUAUUGCGGAUAUGGAGCAACGAGUAAGUUCUUUUUGUCUUUUCCCCUCUGUGUUUUACUCCUCCUUUUCGACACUUUCAUCUCUCUUCAUCUUCAUCUUCAUCCUUGUUUCAAGCCAUAUCAAAUUGCUAAUCGCUAAUCUUCUCUCCCUCUCCCCACAGCUCAUCGAUCUCCGCCGAUCGCCCGUCUCUCUCGAACAGAAAGAACGUGAAAACGAGGCUAUGCUCAAAGGUAUCCUCGGCCAAAUCGUCGGCCAAUCCGCCACAGAUCAACAGGCCCGUCUCGACGCCGUCAGCAAAGAAGCAAAUGACCUGUCAUCUCUCGUUCGGCGCAAGCCCGCGCCCACCGCUUCAGCUGCCACCCAGUCUUCAUCUACGGGGUCAUCCUCGUCCAAGCGGCCCGCCGAAGAUGUGUCUGCGGACAACGAGUCGAAGCGUGCGCGUGUGGAUGGAGAGGCGUAA